GCAAUAACGACAAUACCAGCACCGUCGCCCUCAAUUUCUCUUCAAAUUACAAUACCGUCGCCAUGCCGGGCCCUUCAAACACCCUUUUGAUCGAAGGAUCGUUCUCCGAACUCGCAGAGGAGUUGGCGCAGUAUCUCGACACCCUCGCCAAAUCCGAGGAAGGAGCGGGCGUUCAAGCAGACGUUGCGCAAUUUCUACACCAAAUUCGAGAGGCAGAACAAUCCCAGGAGCCUGUAGACGAGGCCUCAGUACAACAGCAAAAGAAUGAAGUGCUGAAAAAGAUCGUAACCAAAGCCUCUGUGCUCAAUUCUGCUCCUGAGCGAGAAUUUACAGCAGCGUACAACCUCCUCAUCAGCCUCUCGCUUCAGUCACCAAAUUCCGAACAAUUUUUUGCCCGGAUAUGCCAGUAUCUGUCCGAGCAGCCACUCACAUCAUCCCCUGCCUUCGGCUCCUCGCUCGCCCUCCAGACCCUCACGACCAUUUUCAACGUUCUUCCUCUUACCAGUGACGCCCGUUAUCAUGUUUUCCUUGCUGUAUUGAAAGUCAUCAAAUCAUCCGCCUCUGCACAGAUAUUCGAGGCUUUAAUACCACAAUUGGAGACGAAUAUUCCAAAUUGGCUGUCAACUUGGCAACUCGAUGACGAGGACGCCCGCACUCUGUAUCUCACAGUGGCCGACGUGGCAUCUGAGACUGGUCACGAGGAUCUGCACUACAAAUAUCUUCUCGACGCCCUCGAGACCAUCCCGCCAGAGUCAUCAUCGGAGCCAGAAGCUCAAGAUCUCGCGAAACGCACACUGAAAACCGCCCUCACCAACCCGAAUGUGAUAGAUUUUACGCCAUUGACCGUCAAUGAUGCCGUUCAAGCCAUUCGAAAGUCCGACAACAACCUCUUUGAACUUCUCGAAAUCUUCUCCUCGGACGAUUACUCUUCAUACACCGAUUUCCUCGAGACCAACGAUCUAGCGUCUCUAGGUAUCCCAGAGAGUAGCGCCGAAGCCUUGACUAACAAGAUUCGCCUCCUCACCCUAGCCAGCAUCGCCGCUUCCUCGACGACCCGCUCGAUACCUUAUUCCACAAUCGCCUCGGCCCUACAAAUUCCAAGCGAAGAUGUGGAAAUGUGGGUGAUUGACGCCAUCCGUUCCGGUCUCGUCGAGGGCAAACUCAGCCAGCUCAAGCAAGAAUUCCUCGUCCAGCGCGCCACCUACCGUGUUUUCGGCGAGAAGCAGUGGGCUGAGAUCCAGGGACGCCUCAUGGUUUGGCGCCGCAGUCUGGAGAGCGUCCUGACGGUGGUCAAGGCCGAGAGGGAACGAUUCGCUCGCGAGGGACCUGGCGGCGGCGAGUCCGGCACGAACGGAUUCGCAGACGGCGAGGGCAUGCAAAGAGGCGGUGAUAGACAAAGACGGCAGGGUGGUGGUGGCCGUGGCGGUGGCCGAGGCGGUCAGCACCGCGAGCAGCAGGCUCCCAGAGAGGUAGAGGCCGUGGGUGGUGGAGAUUAGGAAUUCCACGCCGAGUCCGGAAGCUGGUAUCAUCACGCCGAGUCCACCGACACUGCUGCAUAUGUCCCAGGACCACGCUCCUAGCAAACAUGGAAUGGUUGAAUUAAAAAAAAAGGAAGAGGUGCAAGGCGUCCAGUUGAAAUCAGGAAGGGUUGCAGAUGGGAAGAAAUGUGACUGGAGGCUUGCAAGGUCAAGCAUGUUUCUUUGGACGAAUGAAUCAAUGACCACGCGAGUCUGAGACGAGACAGGACAGUUCUACACUCUCACUCUCCGUCACACACACAUACACCCACACAAGCCGUGGGGAACGGGUCUUUACUUACAAUAGUCCAAGACCAGGUGCUAUCACGGCAGUAUGAGUAUCGUGCUACAACAAAAUAGACAAAGAUAUCCGAGAGAAAAAGAUGAACUGAACGGGGAAGAACGUAAAAUUAUCAUUGCA